AUGGCGAAGAAGAGCUCGUUUGAGAAAGCGGUGAAGGACCUGACAGCUCUAGUGGCCUCUCAGUACCCCUCCUCCUCUCUGGACGAGCAGCAGAAGAUAAUCUCAGCCGUCCAUCGCGCAGCUACCCUGCUCAAGACCCGCUACACGACGCGUGGCUUCUGGGCGGCGGGUCUCGUCCUUUUCCGCGCGGCCAGCGCCGUGUUGGUGGAGGGAGCGGAGCGCAACCGCAUCUUGCAGCACAUUAAGUCCGCACAGGAGUUCCUGGGGGAAGGCGGGGAAGGCGGGGAAGGGGGGGAAGGUGGAGAAGAAGGUUUGCCGCAGGGAGUAGGCAGGGAACGAGGGGAUGGGGAAGGGGAGCAGGGAGCAGGGAGGGCAAGCGAAGUGAGAGGAGUUGGGGGAGGCAUGCUCGCUGCUGCGUCUCCGUCUUUUCAGUUCGAGGGUCAGCUGACUGCAGCAGCGGAGCCGCCGCGGCCUGAUUGGCUGGUGGCUCAGACGCUGCUGACAACCCUGGCAGCGGCACAGCAGCAGAGGGACCUGGAUGCCGCCGCUGACGGCACUCCUGAGCAAGAAGGCAGAGAUCCACAAGGCGGGCAAUCCCCUCAUCAAGCCAUUGCAGCGCUCUUGGAGGGCGGAACAACGUUGGAGGAUUUGCUACGGGGCGCGAUAGCAAGGGGGGGAGCUGACGACCUGCUGACUCCCGGCCUGGCAGAGGCGCUGGAAGCGAGCAUGCAGGCGUCUCAGCCGCCCUCCGCCCCGCCUGCUUCUAAGAGAGCUGUGAAGCAGCUGCCUGUGCUGGUCUACAGUGAGGCUGGCGUGGUGCAUUUAGAGGGGGAUGGGACGCGAGAAGGGGCGGUGGCGGGUAGUGGCAUCAGUGGUAGUGCUGGCAGUAGCAGCAGUGGUAGCAAGACUGAGAACGGGGAUGGUGUUGGGUUGGAGGGGAAGGGGGUGCAUGGGGAGGGGAAGAGGGAGGAAGGGGAGGGGAGUGUGGAUGAGUGCAGUGUGUGCAGGGAGAAGUGGGAGAUUGGUGACAAGCUGAGGGAGAUGCCGUGCAGCCAUCGGUUUCAUGUGGACUGCUUGCAACCAUGGCUGGAUGAGCACAACUCGUGUCCUUUGUGUCGUUACGAGAUGCCAACUGACGACCAUGCUUACGAGAGGCGCAAGGAGCGAGAGAAGGAAGAGGAGGAAGAACGGAGAGGUGCUGAGAAUGCUGUGAAAGAGGGGCAAUACAUGUACAUGUAA